AUGUACAGACAUGCCUCUUCCGGGGUGUAUUUUGCACCAAUCUUGCUCGCGAGGUUUUCUUCUUCUCUAUCGAAGAUCUCUUCUGCCUCGAACCGAUCCGUGAGGUUUAGAGUGUGCUCUGCCGCCACACGGUGGAGUCACGGCGUUAAUUGGCGGUCGCUUCCGAGCCUCCGAGCUCAAACCAGAAUUGAUGCUCUGGUACUAGAGAAAUUUGAGCGCAAGUUUGCUACCAUUGCUUCUGAACAUGCCUACAAGGAUAUCUUAACCACACUUCACAAGCCUGAUGGUGGAGAAUAUGGAAAGUUCUACUCUUUACCAGCUUUAAACGAUCCAAGAAUCGAUAGGUUACCAUACUCUGUUCGGAUACUACUUGAAUCAGCUAUUCGCAAUUGUGACAACUUUCACAUCACCAAGGAUGAUGUUGAGAAAAUUAUUGACUGGGAAAAUACAUCUCUUAAGAAAUUUGAGAUCCCCUUCAAACCUGCUCGUGUUAUUUUACAGGACUUUACUGGAGUAUCAAUCAUAGUUGAUCUUGCUGCUAUGAGGGACGCUAUGAAGAAUCUUGGUAGUGAUCCUAACAAGAUUAAUCCACGAGUUCCUGUUGAUCUUGUGUUUGAUCACUCAGUCAAAGUAUACGGUGCAGCAAGACCAGAGAAAGACUUGGGGAAAGGUGUGCAGCUAGAAUCUGACAGGAAUUGGGAAAGGUUUAUGUUCCUUAAGUGGGCUUCAUCAGCUUUUCACAACAUCGUGAUGUCUUCUAAUGAGUCGCCUAUUGUUCAUCAGGAGUAUCUCGGACGUGUUGUUUUUAACUCAAAUGGGUUUCUCUACCCUGACAGUGUUGUUGGUACAACUUCCAACACAAGGGUGAUUGAUGGGUUAGGAGUUGUUGGUUUGGAAGUAGGAGGAAUGGAGGCAGAAGCAGCAAUACUUGGACAGCCAAUCAGCAUGGUGCUACCUAGUGUGGUUGGGGUUAAGCUGGUUGGAAAAUUGCGGACUGGGGUUACUCUUACUAAUUUGGUUCCAACCGUGACUCAAAUGUUAAGGAAGCAUGGUGUUUUUGGAAACUUUGUUGAGUUUUAUGGGGAAGGGAUGAGUGAACUGUCAGUAGAUGAUAGAGCCAUGAUUGCAAGUAUGUCCCAUGAAUAUGAGGCAACAAUGGGUUUCUUCCCUGUUGACCCUGUUACAAUUGAGUACCUCAAGUUAAAGGGAAGAAGCAAUGAAACUGUAAAAAUGAUUGAAUCAUACUUGCGCGCAAACAAAAUGUUUGUUGACUACAAUGAGGCCCAAGAAGAAAGAGCAUAUACAUCAUGUCUACAAUUGGAUUUGGGAGAUGUUGAACCAUGCAUUUCUGGUCCAAGACGGCCAUGCGACCAAGUAGUUUUGAAACACGUGAAGGCUGACUGGAAGGCAUGCCUUAACAAUCCUCUUGGAUUUAAGGGUACUUUUGCAGUCCCAAACGAACAACAAGAGAAAACAGUUAAGUUCUUGUUCCACGGAGAACCUUCUGAGAUCAAACACGGUAGUGUUGUUAUUGCGAACAUUACAAGUGAUAGUACCACAUCGAGCCAUAAUGACAUGGUUGCUGCUGCACUUGUUGCUAAAAAGGCUUAUGACCUUGGCCUGGAAGUAAAACCAUGGGUUAGGACAGCUGUUUCUCCUGUUUCUGGACUUGUCGAGGAAUAUUUGCUUCAAAGUGGGCUAAAAAAGUACUUGGCAAGACAAGGAUUCAACGUUGUCGGCUAUGGCGUCAAAACAAGCAUUCGGGGAUCUGAUGGACUUGAUGACCCAAUUGUAUCUGCUAUUUUAGAAAACGAUAUAGUUACGGCUGCUGUGCUCUCUAAUAGGAGAGGCUUUGAUCUUCGUGUUCAUGCGCUUGUUAACAUCGACUUUGAGAAAGAGUCAAUGGGAACAGACAAAGAUGGAAAAAAUGUAUACUUAAGAGACAUAUGGCCAAGCAGAGAAGAAGUUAGUCAGGCUAUUCAUAAUAGCGUGUUACAAAGCAUGUUCAAGAGCAUUUACGAAACAACAACGAAGAGAAACCCUCUGUCACCAAGUUCCACACUCUAUUCUUGGGACUCAAACUCAACAUUUUUACAAGAACCUCCCUUUUUCAAGAACAUGAACACAAAGCCCCAACAAGAAAGAUCAUAUACAUCUUGUCUGCAACUGGAUUUGGGAGAUAUCGAGCCAUAUAUAUGUGGUCCAAAACGGCCUUGCGACCGAGUUCUUUUGAAAGACAUGAAAGCUGACUGGAAAGCAUGCCUUGGCAAUCCUCUUGGAAUCAAGGGGUUUGCAAUCCCGGAAGAUGAACAAGACAAAACUGCUAAGUUUUCUUACAUGGGACAACCUGCUGAGCUCAAACAUGGUAGUGUUGUUAUUGCGACCAUUACGACUGAUAAUAACAUUUCAUGUCCUAGUCACAUAGUUAUGGCUGCACUUGUUGCUAAAAAGGCUUAUGACAUUGGCUUCAAAGUAAAACCAUGGGUUAGGACCAGUGUUGCUCCUGGUUACGGAGUUGUCAAGGAGUAUCUGCUUCAAAGUGGGCUUCAAGAGUACUUGGACAAGAAAGGGUUCCAAAUUGUCGGCCAUGGCUUCACAACAUGCAUUUGGGGCUCUGGCGAACUUGAUGAAUCCAUUGCAUCUGCUAUUUCAGAAAAUGAUCUUGUUGCGGCUGUUGUGCACUCUAGUUGUAGAAGCUAUGAAAGUCGUGUUCAUGCGUCUGUAAAAGCAAACUAUCUUGCUUCUCCACCCUUAGUUGUUGCUUAUGCGCUCGCUGGAACGGUUAACAUCGACUUUGAGAUUGAGCCAAUGGGAACAGACAAAGAUGGAAAAAAUCAAGCUAUCAUUGCUAAGAGCUUUGAUAGAGUCCACCGGAGCAACUUGGCUAGUAUUGGGAUUGUUCCUCUGUGUUUCAAGUCCGCCUUCUUCUCCUCUCUUUCUUCAUCAAUUGAAAUCACAAAUCCCAAAAGACUACGAUCGUCUUCUUCUUCCCCAAUCUUCAGAGAGAAUCGAACAAUUUUACCACAAGCAAUCGACAAGGUUUACAUGGUUGAGCUAGACAUCCAGAUUCCAGCAGCAUACGACCCAUUCGCAGAAGCCAAAGACUCGGAUGCACCAGGGACAAAAGAGUACAUUCACAUCCGCAUCCAGCAGAGGAAUGGCAAGAAGAGCUUGACGACGGUUCAAGGGCUGAGGAAAGAGUUCAGCUACGAGAGGAUCCUCAAGGACCUCAAGAAGGAUUUCUGCUGCAACGGCAACGUUGUGCAGGACAAGGAGCUUGGCAAGAUCAUUCAGCUUCAAGGUGACCAGAGGAAGAAAGUGUCUCAGUUUCUGGUCCAGUCUGGGAUUGCUCAGAAGGAUCAGAUCAAGAUCCACGGUUUCUAA